AGGUGUUCUUGGAAAAAAGUGCCUGCACUUUGGAGCUGAAGAAGGACAUGAGGAGUAAAAGGACCCAGGAUCUCACUGGUCAGAAUGAAACAGAUGUUGAAAGAUUUUUCAAAUCUAUUGUUAGUAGUGCUCUGUGACUACGUUCUUGGCGAAGCGGAGUAUCUCCUGUUGGAGCGCCCAGGUCAUGUAGCCUUCAGCAAUGACACAGUGUCUGUGGAGUAUCAGUACUAUAGUGGUGGUAAUGUGACAGCAGAGCAUCUGUCCAUCGUAUUGCUGGAUGCCAGCACCAACGAGAUAAUUGCAAGAAAGCAGCUUCCAGCAAAUCAGUCCCAGGGGAUGGUAGAGUUUGAGUGCUUCCAUUUCAAGAGUGCUGGGAACUUCUUGUUCAAAAUGGUCUCUCCCAGCGAUAACGGCAGUGCUGCCCAGUGGAGCAGAAGCAGCAUGUCCACCCUCCGUGUGGAAUGGCCUGUAUUUCACAUUGAUUUGAACAAGAGUUCAGAGGUGCUUGGGAGCUCCCUUCAGGUUGGACUUUUUACAAAUGAGCAGUUGUGUGCCAUGAAUGAGACAUUGGUUUCACUGGAUGUGAUAUUCACCAGCACCCUUUAUGAAUUUGGAAGAGUAAGCUCUAAUGAGACUCUGGGCAUUAGAACAAGCAAAGGAAUCUCACUCUCUAGGUCCCAGUGGGUAGAGUUUGAUUGCCCACCUGUUGGUCAAGAAACAUACAUCACGGUGUUACUGAAAUCGUUAGAAACACAUUCCAUCAUUGCCUCCAUAGGACCCAUAGAUCUCCUCCACAAAUUUGGAUACAGACUGGUUGUGGCACCAGAAGCAACGUGCAAAACUUUGGUUCAGGUCUUCGUAGUCUCUCCACCAUGCACUUCUGUCAGCGGAAAAAUUGUCGUCUAUAAAGAGGCUCUCAAGCAUCCUAGUCAAAGAACAACUUGGCUGUAUGAAAACACCCUUCACCCAGGAGACAACAGGACAGAAUUUAACUGCACUUUGUUUGAUGUGGGGAAGAACAAAUACUGCUUUGACCUCUUUAAUUUCUCAAACCGAAGCCAUUUCCCAACAAGAGUUAAGGAGUGUAUGAUGAUCCAAAGGAAUAUGGAAACGUGGAGCCCGUGGCAGCCCUGGAGCCCCUGCAGCGUCACCUGCGGGGAUGGCGUCCGGGAACGCUUCCGAGACUGCCUCACCUCCUUGCCGGCAAAAGCAGGCUGUGCUGGAUCACCGAGGGAGACUUCCUUGUGUUCGCUGGAGGAGUGUUUGUCUAUCAAGCCUCCCACCCCACCUUCUGUCCAGCCAGGAGAGGACCAGAAAGCAAAUAAUAUCGUCACCAUCACAGGUAUCUCCCUAUGCUUGUUCAUCAUCUUUGCCACCGUUCUCAUCACCCUCUGGAGGAAGCUCUGCAGAGCUCAGAAGUGCAGCACCGCCGUCCGCCGAAACUCUGUCCAUUCCCCCGGCUUCCGGAAGAACUCCGAUGAAGAGAACAUUUGCCAAGGCAACAAGCAGCGGGACAGCUUCGCAGAAGGAGGGGAUGCCCCUGUUAACAUUCCUCUGACCUACAGGCGAAGCCUCCAAUUUGCCCAAGAAGGUGAUGCCUCUGGAAGUGAGAAUUUCCAGCCAAACGCCCAAAAAAUAAUCCCUCCGAUUUUCAGCUACCGCCUUGCACAGCAGCAGCUGAAAGAGAUGAAGAAGAAAGGCCUGACUGAGACCACCAAGGUGUACCACGUCUCUCAGAAUCCCCUCACAGACACGGUUGUUGGUGCCACCACAAUGCUUCCCCUGAGCGGGGAAAACCAAGAGGAGGCAGCGGCAAACAAAUUUAGGAUCAAAUCUCCAUUUCUGGACCAGCCAGCCAGUCAGCCCAAAUUCCCAGGGGAAAGCUCUCACCCUAGGCUGGAUUUUCCAUUCUCACAGGCUAAUCCUGCAAUGAGCCCUACCCAAACCUUGAUAAGAAGAGCUCAUUUCAAGCACCAGGAUAACAGAGGGGAGUCGUCCGAGAGGGGCUGUCACAGAAACCCGCAGUUUAGAAGAACGGCCAGUUUCCAUGAAACUAAAAAGGCCAGGCCUUUCAGAGAGAGAAGCAUGUCCACCCUCACCCCCCGACAGACUCCUCUCUACAACUCCAGGACCAGAAUGUGGGACCAAGGUUUGGAGGACAGGACGCGGCCAAAAUCAAGAACCGCUAAUUCAACUUGUGAAAAGCUGGAUCAGCCCCACAGCACUGUGCCGGGGUGUGAACCACAGGGCCAUGGCCCAAAGAGCCACCACAGGGCAGGUCCCCUGGUGAAGAAGCUGGACCUGACCGCUGACCGCCAGCCUGCCAGUCAGAAGGCAGCUGAUAAGGCUGAGCCCAGCCGAAGUAAGAGGGGCCCUUCACCUAACCCCAGAGGCACAUGGCAGAAGGAAACGGGAUCAGCUGGCAAAGAUAAUUCCCAGAGAGGCCUAAGUGUAAGCCCUGCCCAGUACCGAAGGGACAAGUGCCAGAGCUUCCCCUUGGACCCUGAGUUUGCCUUUUAUGAUAAUACUACUUUUGGCUUAACGGAGGCAGAGCAGCAGAUGAUCGACCUCCCUGGGUAUUUUGGCUCAAAUGAAGAGGAUGAAACAAGUACUUUAAGCAUUGAGAAGCUGGUGAUCUGA